AUGGGUCUAGAGUAAUCAAAAUUAUUCAAGCGUCAACCUUGUACAUUAUAGUAUAAAUAUGAUGAUCAUGUAUAUUAUAAAUCUUAAUAAAUAGGUUGUUGAAUUGAAAUAUGAUCCAAAAUAAUAAAUAGGAUAUUAAAAACCUUUACGUUUUCAAGAAAUAAUACAAAUAAAUCCAGCAUUACGUGAUUUAGAUUAGGGUAAAAAUUCUUAAAUAUCUUUUAGAUAUAUUAAUAUAACUUCAAUUUUUACAUGAAUAAGCACUCAAAUCAAUCAUUUUUGAUUAAUUAAAGAAAUGUGAUGAUUUAGUAUUAUUGUACUAAGCUACUAAAUUUAUUGUUAAUUGUACUUCUAAUGAGUGUCUAGAACUCAUUAAUCAUUAUAACAUCAUUUCUAGAAUAACUUAAGAAUUAUAAAAGGACCUUGAUAAAUAAAUAUUAAUUAUCAUCAUAAUACACAAUAUUGUAGGUAAACUACCUUCUAUUGUUUUGGAAUAAAAACAUAUAGAAUGGUUGUUUAGACAUAUGAAUCCUUAUAAUGCUUUAAAUGUCUCUUUAAUAUUAUAGAUAUUAGCAGAUAUUUGUGUUAAUUAAGAUAAAUGCAUUGAGAAUAUUAUAGAAAUUCUAAAAAAUCUCAAAGAAGAAGCUAAAUGGAGAUUUGCCACAGAACCCAUUUUUAAAAUCAUGGAAGUUUAAUAAAACAUCUAUCUUAUAAGAGAUGCUUGCACUUUUAUAAAUGCAUUAGCAGAGACACAUUCAGAUGACGAAAUGUGUGAAUUGAUUAAAUAAUAAAUAGAACAAUAUGGCUUAACAGUUAUUUAUGAUGAUGUCAAAUUAAAACUGAAAAACUAAGAAUUUCAAAUUGAUCAUUGUUCCUAUUAACAUGCAAUGCAAUUUCUAUAUGAAUAAAAAUACUUACCACAUUAUUCUUAAGUUGAUAACUUCUAUUUCAAUAAUCUUUAUGAUUUUGAUCCUAAAAAACCAUUAAUAUUCACCUAUGGAUAUUUUGAUGAGAUUUUUAAUACAGAUCCAGAUUAUUUUGAACUUUAAAAAAAUUAACUUUAAGUUUAAUUAGAUGUUUAUGAUUCAUUAAUUAAACCAAGCUUUAAUCCAAACAAAACAAUUCUAGAAAGAUAAAAUCCCUUAUUUAUUUCUACUAUUACCAAAAAAGGCAGUGAAGAAGGUUUAGUUGGUGCCUUAAAAGGACUAUGGUAGAGUAGAGGAUCUGAAACAACAAAUUAAUAAAUAAUAUUAAAUGCCAUCAAAAAAGCAAAUUCAUUAAUUGAAAUCUAGGAGUUAUUAAUUAAAUUAAAUGAUGAAUCUUCUGGUGUAACUAUUCUUUCUAGAUUAAUUGAUCUUUUAACAAAAAAGUUCGAUCAAAUUAUGGCAGAUCAAAAGAAAAGAGAUUAGAUGAGAAAAGAAAGAGAAGAAGGAUAUAAAUAAUAAAUUGUAAUCUCUAUUUAUAUAAUAGACUUAUCUUUAAUUGGAAAUCAAACAAAGAAUUACUUAAGAUAAUUAAAAGGAUUUUAAAAAUCUUAAUGAAAAACUUAACCUACUAAUUGAAGAAAACAAAAGAUUACAAGAUCAAAGUUAGCAAUACUCUUAACUCAAAAAUAAAUUCUAAGAUAUGAGCAGUUAAUUACUAGAAGCCUAAAAAGUUAUGGCAAAAGCAUAAUAAGUUUCAGAAUUAGAAGCUAAAUUAGAAGAGUAUGCUAGUGAAAUAAACCGAUUAAAAACAACUCACACCUAACCCUAAUUAUGUAAAAUCUAAGCACCCGAAGGAGGUUCAGAACCUCCUCCAAACCCUUCAGAAAAUAUCACGUCAAUUUAAACAGUUUCUUAAAAGGCUGCUCCACCACCUCCACCCCCACCUCCUCCACCACCUCCUCCCUCUGUUUAAUCUACUAACAAUUCUGCACUUCCACCACCACCACCACCACCUCCUCCUGGAGGAAAGACUGGAGCACCACCUCCUCCACCACCACCACCUCCUCCAGGAGGGAAGAAUGGAGCACCACCUCCUCCACCUCCACCACCACCUCCUGGAGGUAAAGCUGGUGGUCCUCCUCCUCCACCACCUCCACCAGGUGGAAAGGCUCCUCCAUUACCAAAUGCUAAACCUGCUGUACCAACAAAACCUAAAUGUUAACCAUCAGUUCCACUUAAAGGUUUAAGUUGGAAUAUUUUAAAACCAGAUUAGAUUGGAAAUUCUGUAUUUUAAGGGAUGAACGAAAAUGAAAUAAAAUUUGAUAUUAAAUCUUUAGAGGAGAAAUUUGCUUCAAAACCAGCUAAAUAAAUCUAAUAAAGUAUUGGGGUAAGUGAUAAAAAGAAGGAAGUAUAGAAAAUCAGUUUGUUGAGUGGAGAAAGAACAAAAAACAUAGAGCUUAUUUUGGGUAAAUUAAGAAUGAGUAAUGAAAAAAUAAAGAAUGCUUUGCUUGAAUGUGAUAAAUCAAUUUUAACUCUAAAUGUGAUAGAAUCUUUAUUAAAUGUGGUUCCAACAGAUUAAGAAAGAUCAUUGUAUGCAAAUCCAGAAGAAUUAGACAAAGAGACUUUAUAAAUAGCAGAUCUAUUUUAUUUAGAAUUAUGUUAAGUACCAGCUUAAGGAGAUAGAAUGUAAGCUAUAAAGGCUGAGUUUGUAGGAAUGGAUAUGUGUAAUGAAUGUAGAGGAAAAUUAAAACAAUUAAAGAAAGGAUUUGAAUUUUAAAAAAAUGAUGAGGCAUUUAAAUUAUUAAUAAAAUGUACAUUAGCAAUAGGUAAUUAUGUAAAUGGUGAUUCUGCAAGAGGAGGAGCUUUUGGAUUUAAAAUAGAUGCUAUAUCAAAAGCAGCAGAUAUAAAGAGUGCAGAUGGAAAAGAGACAUUAUUAAUGAGUAUUGUAUAAGAAUGUGAAUAAAUUUAUGAAAAACAAGGAAAGGGAUAAUUUUUUUCAAAUGAUCGUAUGGAUCUUCUAGAUUUUAUGUGUAGAUUACCAGUUUCAUAGAUGAUAAUUGAUAUAAAUGAAAUAAAGAAAUUGUAAAAGUUAGUUCAGAAUGCAAUAAAAAGUUAAUCUAAACUACCUAAUGAUAGAGUUAAUAGAUUUGAAGAAUUUUCAUAAUAACUUUUAUUAGAAAUAACAGAUUUAUCUUAACUACUAUCAACAUGUGAAUAGUUAUAUUCUGAUUUAUGUAUAUUUUAUUGUGAGAAUCCAAAAACUUUACAAAGUGAUGUAUUUUUCUAAUCUAUUCAAUCAGUUUGGAAUAAUUGUAUAAAAGUAUUUAUAUAUUAAUAUAUUUUAGUCAAAACAAUAAAUUGAAAAGAUUUAAUAAAUGAAAAUCAAAGAAGAAUAACGAAAUAAAUUAGAUUAAUAAAAGAAAUAAUAAUAACCAAUUACAAAUUAAGGUAAUAUGCAUGAAUCAUUACCAAGAAGAGUUGGAGCCUUAUAAUAACUAUAAUAAUCUUUACCAAGUGAUGCAGUUAAUUAAUUAAGAUUAAUGAAACAAAAUAAGAAUGAAAAUAACUGAU